GGAAAAAAGAAAGAAAAAAAUAAAACACAGUGAAAAAACCAAUUAUUACAUUUAAUUCUACAUAAAACAAGUGUGUAAUUUAUUUAUUAAUUUCAUAGAUAAACAAAAAACCCCAAACAUAAUACAUUUACAACAACAUGAAAUUACCACAAAUAAACAGAAUUUAAUACGUUUUACCAUUAAAUUACAAGUGAAAAUAUCAUUUUACACAAGAACAAAGACCAGGCAAAAGGCCGUCAAAAAUACAAGUAGAAAAAUCGUGAAAAAGGUGGUGGUAGUAGAGCAAAGUGAUAAAAAAACGAUAAAAUAAAAGUGAUUUAUUAAAAAAAAUAAAAAUUAUUAAACCAAUAUCAUAAGCAUAUUAAAAAGAAUUUUAAGUAAUUAACAUUUAAUAUAUAAAUUGUACAAGAAACAUAUGAAAUUACAUUGUUUUUAAGGGCACAAAGUGCGUCGUAGUUAACUAUUUAGUAGAAGAAGAAAAGGAGCUACACAAAAAUUAAACGAAGUACAUUUUUCAUAUUUUUAGCCUUAACAAAUUGUGUUAGAGUGUAGGUGCUGACUGGGGUUGCUGUUGGUUCUAUAGCUUUUAUUGUUGUUGCUGGUUGUUGGUUUGGUUACUGAUCCAACCACUCAUCCGUAAGCAAGCAAGUUUCAAAGGAAAACCAAAAGGACACUGAACAAGACUCUAUAGCCAAUUUAUUUUCAAGUACAUACGCACUGAACUAAGAAUUUUAUACUUGAACAGUUUGGUAAUUGUUGCUUGUAACAAUAAAAGUGUUUUACAGCCCCUACUCCACUGCUACUACUACUGCUGUUUUUAUUUUUCUGCGUUUAGUUGCUGUGCCGUUUGUAAGUGAGGAUCGUGCAUGUUUUCCAACAUGGCCAACACUUUGGAGGAACAACAAAGCUUACGCGAAUGCGAAAAUUAUAUACAAUCUCAUGGUAUACAACGUGUUCUCAAGGAUUGCAUUGUACAGCUGUGUGUCAGUCGCCCAGAAAAUCCCAUACAGUUUUUGCGACAGUAUUUUCAAAAAUUAGAAAAGGAACAAGUUAAACUUGAUGCCACCAAACAGGUUACCAGCCCUGACGAUUGUGAAGAUCUCAGUCCAAUGCCACAAACACAUGCCCCACCAGUUAGACGACGUGGCGGCAUUUCAGCCGAACCCGUGACUGAAGAGGACGCAACCAGCUAUGUGAAAAAAGUUGUACCCAAAGAUUACAAAACAAUGGCUGCUCUCUCAAAAGCCAUCGCCAAAAAUGUAUUAUUCUCACAUUUGGAUGAAAACGAACGUUCCGAUAUAUUCGAUGCCAUGUUCCCCGUAACACAUCUAAUGGGCGAGAAUAUAAUACAACAGGGCGACGAGGGUGAUAAUUUCUAUGUCAUAGAUCAAGGUGAAGUUGAGGUAUUUGUCAAUUCCGAAAUGGUAACUACAAUUGGUGAGGGUGGCAGUUUUGGUGAAUUGGCAUUGAUUUAUGGUACCCCAAGAGCUGCUACAGUACGUGCCAAAACCGAUGUUAAAUUAUGGGGUAUUGAUCGUGAUUCAUAUCGACGCAUUUUGAUGGGCUCCACCAUCAGAAAACGUAAAAUGUAUGAAGAAUUUUUAUCGCGUGUUUCUAUAUUGGAGAGUCUGGACAAAUGGGAACGUUUGACGGUGGCUGACGCUUUGGAACUUGUUAAUUUUGAAGAUGGCGAAACAAUUGUUAAGCAGGGAGAACCUGGUGAUGAUUUCUAUAUUAUUGUUGAAGGAUGUGCUGUUGUUUUACAAAGACGUGCUGAGCAAGGCGAUGAACCUGCCGAAGUUGGCCGUUUAGGCACCAGUGACUAUUUUGGAGAAAUUGCAUUGUUGCUAGAUCGUCCACGUGCUGCUACAGUUGUUGCCAGAGGUCCUUUGAAAUGUGUUAAAUUAGAUAGAGCGAGAUUUGAGCGUGUCUUGGGACCCUGUGCGGAUAUUUUGAAACGCAACAUUACUCAAUACAACAGUUUUGUUUCAUUGUCUGUUUAAAUCCAGACUUUCGAAGGAUAACUGAACACAAAGCAAAACAUUAAGAGAAAACAAACACAAAUUAAGUUUUUCUUUUUUUUUAUAAUUUUAUUGAAAAACUUUUAAAAGUUUUGCAAAAUUUGUAAAAUGAAAACAAAACAAAUUAAUGAAGAAAAACUUUGUAAAAUACACUGCUAGAAAUGAAACAUUUAUCUUGAAAGAAAAACAAUUUGGAAUUAAAAAAAGAAGAAAUCAAAUACACACUCACUUUCAACAACAACAAUGAAAAACAUAAAGAAGGAACAACAACUACUUUAAAUUUAGAGAUAAACAACAACAAUCCAACAACAAAAAGGAAACAUAUUUUCAAACAAGACUCUAUAGAUGAAAUAAACAACAAACAAACAAAAAUAAAUCAUAAAUGUUUAUACAGAAAUAUAAAAGAAAAAAUUAAACAAAUUAUAAAUUAAAAACUUUUUCAUACAAUUAUAAAAAUAUGUAUAAUUUAAAAAAAAAACACAAAGGCAAAACAAAACAAAUUUAAAUAUAUUUCACUGUUUGAUGUAAAAGCUGUAACAACUACAACAAUACAAAAAAACUACAAUAAAUUGUAAGAGAAGAACUGUUGUUAAAGAAAACUAAAAAAAAUAGUAACAAACAUAUAAAAAUAAAACAAUUUUGUAAGAAAAAGUUUUGAUUGAUUGAAAGUUUAAAAAUAUUUUGAACCUCCAAAAAACAACCUAAAUAGAAAACAAACUUAAUUAAACUGAAUUUAAAAAAAAAAAGAAAAAGUUUAUCAACUACAUCUUGUAAAACACAACAAACUAUAAUAUAAACUUUCUCUAAUUAAAAAAACAAUUCUGUUUGAAAUAUAACAAGAACUACUUACAUACAAACAUACAAUUUAAACUAACAAUUGUUUUAUUUUAUUAAUUUUGUUUUCCUUUCAAAAAGAAACAUUUAAUAAAACAAGACAGGAUCUGUAUGACUUUAGAGAAGGUUUAUAAAUUCGUUUUAUAUAUUUAUAUUAAUUAUAUUUUCUUUUCUUUAUUUUAUUUUUUUGUUAUUUAUAUAAACUUUUUUUUUUUUAAUUUUUUGUUAAUUAGAAUAUUAUUUUUUGUUGUAUCAUAAACAUAAUUAUUCUAUUAAAUUAUUUAGUUAAUAUUUUCAAACAAUUUUAAAAAGGUUAGCUUAAAUUUUGCUGGCAACUUAUACAUAUAAACAAACAAACAAAAGAAAACCUUACAAACAUACAUAAUUAUAUAAUAAAGAAUUGAAUUUUUUUCCUAAAAAAAUAAUUAAAAUGAAUAAACAAA